AUGAUAGCCAUGUGGCGAACACUUCUUCUGUCUGCCGUCCUGCUCGUUUCCACCAGCUCGGCAUGCAAUAAAAACGGCGAGGGAUGUUUGCGUGAGUUCCAACCCAGACUAAAGCUUGCUCGACUGAAUUAUCUUUUGAACUUCAGUGAUGCGCAACGUGCUCCGAGACCCACUCGGACUCUCCAACUGGAAGCCGUCUUCAUUGAGCCGCGCCAUCAAUCAACUUCAAGCCUAUCAACAACUUUUCCAAGGUUUGUCUACAGUAAGAAAACUAUGCAAAGCCUACUAAGAAUAUAAUAAAAUUAAAAGGAAAUUAAAAUCGUUCACUAUUGUACAUUCACGAUAACUAGCUAUAAUCAUAUUGCAGAAGACAAAAGAGCCGCUGCCGACUACGGACCGUUGGCUGGAAUGAUGCGACGACGGAGAUGA